AUGUCCUGCCCGCCGCUGUGCACGUCGCUGAGCUGCUCCAGCACGGCGAUGCUGCGGGCCGUGCUCACCGACACCCGCCGCACCGCCGGCUCUCGCCGCACCGCCGUGAGCCGGAACCCGGCGCUCGCUGCCGCAGCCGCCGCCGCUUCCUCCACGACCGCCUCGAGCCCCAGCGGCGGCUCCUCCCGCCCGGCCGCCGCCGCCGCCGCCAUGUUACCGCCGCCUCACGGGCCGCGCGCACGCGCCGCCGCCGAAGCCCCCGGCGGGCCCGGCCGGGGCUGCCCCGCCGCCGCCUGCGCGCCCUGCCGCCCCGAGAGCGCGGGUUGCGGGGUGCGGAGAGCCCUCGUGGAGCCCCCGCGGCGCCGCGGGGUGACGGGGAGCCGGGUGGGAUCCGGUCUGGGGGGAGGCUCCGCAUCCGCCGCCGCGCCGCCCUCACGGGACGAGACGGGCGGGCGGGAGGCGGCCCCGGGAUCUUGA